AUGGUACGCACAAUUGUUCAAUUGAUCGAUUUGUCUGAUGAACUACUUCUGUUGAUUUUUAAGAAAAUAUGUAAUGUUGAGUUACUGUAUUCUCUUAUAGGUAUCAACAUACGAUUAGAUAGAAUUGUAUCUGAUUCAAUCUUUACUAGAAAUUUAACAUUACUAAGACAUGUAUCAAAUGAUCUUAUUUAUCCAUUAGUUGACACAGUAGUUGAUCGAUUUUGUUCACAAAUAUUACCUCAAAUACAUCAUAAAAUCAAUACACUUAAUCUUGAAUCAUUAUCCAUGGAACGUAUUCUUCUUGCUGCUGAUUAUCCUAAUUUACAUAGUCUUGAACUUUACAAUGUUGAUGAGAAGAUUGCUGAACGUAUUUUUUCAAGUAAGAUAUUUCAUUUCGAUUGUUUUUAA